AUGAGGGUGUUGGAGAAACAAGCUCGAAGGAAACUGAAUCUCCAGUUACCACAGAGCUGUGCUGCCAGCUGCCUGGAUUUCAUUUACAUCAGGGAGUCAUUUUCCAAUUUCAUGGGCUCCAUGGAUGGCCAAGGCACCUGCUGUGCCAUUUCCCUGCCAGAUACUGUCUUCCCUGUGGACAGAGUGGAAUGUUUGAAAUUCACAGCUCAUAUCUUCUCCGAGAAGUUUGAGAAAGUGCUUUCUAAAGUGAAGGAAUAUGUCCAGUUAAUCACUGCAUAGGAAAAGAAACCCUUCAACCUAACUGUCCCGGUGGAGAUCAUGGAAAAGGAUGCCGUUUCAUAGACUGAACUAGACUUUGAGCUGAUUAAGAUAGUGAUGAAGGAGAUGGAGACACUGGUCACCCAGCUGAAGGAAGGAGCAAGAACAACCAUGGUUAAGCAGCUGGAGGUGGAGAUAAGGACUAUGAUUCUUCUGGUAGAGAAACUGCAGACAAUCCACACAAACAACUUGUCUGUCAUUUGCCUGGAAAUCCAGGUUAUUAAACUUGCCUACAUCAUGUCAUUCAUUUUUUCUCUAAGGAUGUCUUCUUAUUUUCUCGUUUGUAUCAGGAGUUGCGGUCCCAGUGGUGUGUUGAACAGCAGCAAACUCUGUAGCAAACUGCUUCACCAGACUGGGUUUUCCCAUUAGUUUGGUGCCUGGGGUCAGGGUUAUUCUCCCCAGUACCCAGAUAAGGGGCUGUACUGGGUGGUGCCUUUGAAUACAAAUGAGAAAGUGUUGGACUAUUACACACUCCACAACACACUGGAUGGCUUACCAUUGUAUAAUUAUGCUCAAGAGUAUCAGAUUGCCUGUAUGGGCAGUGGUACAGCUGUUUACAAUAACAUGCAUGUCAACUGGUACAAUACCAGAAACAUUGCCAGAGUUAACCUGACCACCAACACAGUGGCUGAGACUCAAAACCUCCUUGGUGCUGCCUGUAAUAACCAUUUUUCAUAUGUUAAUGUUGCUUGGCAAGAUAUUGACUUAGCUGUGGAUAAGCAGGGAUUGUGGGUGAUUUAUUCAACUCAAGUGGUGAUUAGUAAAUGCAAUGACACCACACUUCAGGUGCUAAACACUUGGUUUACCAAGCAGUAUGAGCCAUCUGUUUCUAACGCCUUCAUGGUUUGUGGGGUUCUGUAUGCCACCUGCACUCUAAACACCAAAACAGAAGAGAUUUUUUAUUACUAUAACACAAGCACAGAAAAAGAGGGCCAACUUCGAAUUGCAGUGCCAAUGCGUAAGGUUCAGGAAAGGGUGCAGAACAUUAGCUAUCAUCCUCACUUCCAUGACAAUGGUUACCUCCUGAGUUAUGAUCUCAUCUUCCUUCAGAAACUUGGGUUAACUAUUUGGGUGUUAGAGGAAAGGAGAAAUGAACUAAUAGUUAAAAAAUAA